AUCACCGUCUCUGCCUGUCGCCAAACCAUCUUACGCUAUCAUCGAGCUCCAAUUAUAUCAAGCAUUCUCCGGUUUCAAUCGUCUCAUACCAGUGGUCCUGCUGGGUUGUAGACUGCAAAUUAGAUGACAAAAGCGAUGGGAUAGCAUGACUUCCCAGGCCACGAGAAUUGAUGACCAAGAAUCUCGUAUUCGCUCAACAGCACUUCGCCAUGCUACCGAGAUCCAAGACAGAAAGAAACUACAGACUCGGAUUGCUGAUCUAGUAGUAGAAGUAUUCGAACUGCCUUCUAAGCCAGAUGCUGAUCCGGCCCACCCAUUACCAUCAGACGCUUCCCUUUUCAAGCAAUGCCUGGGAUUGUUCCAAGAAUCAGAUCUCGAUGAUCUUAUCUACGAACGGAACGUAGACAACAGAUGCGGCUAUGCCCUCUGUCCCAAACCAAAUCAGAGACUUUCACAUACUGGCAACUUGGUCUGGAAUAAAAAGGGCGGAAAGGACUUUAAACUUGUCAACAAGGCGGAAAUGGAGAAAUGGUGUUCAUCUCUUUGUGCAGAGAGAACAGCUUUUGUCCGUACUCAGCUUGGGACCGGACCAGCUUGGCUGAGAGAUAUAACGACAGUCGGCAUCAAGCUAUUCGAUGAAUUUGACACUGAGAACCUUGCUGAAUCUUUAAAUGCUUUAUCUGUUGCCAAAAGAUCAGAAGACGAAGUGGCAGAGAAAAUGCAGGCGCUUGCACUUGAACGUGGAGAGGUCAAAAUCAACCGGAAUGAUGAAGGAGUCGCCCUCAUCGAAAAGUCGAGCGAUGAGGUUCCAAAAGCACCAUCUUUGAUGUCGCAACAGCAGGGUACCAUUGAGGGUCACCAACCACGAAAGUUCCGCCAGAGGCCGUGAGCAGAUGAUGUUGAGAGAACUUCCGCGUUUUGAAGAAAUCGCAUAAAGAAGAAUAAUUCGAUGUCCACAAUGUUAGCUGGCGGAGGUAUGCAACCUGGGAUAUUUCCGCUGUUGUCACAUAGAAUAGCGGCGGUCUGUAGAACAGCCCGGACUCAGUAGAGCCCCGGCCACACUUGUAUCAUCUUCCGUGAGCAGGCGUUCAGCCUACGAAUCUCCAACCCAAUGUGCGGCGCUGCGUGGAGAUAUUGGAUGGCCCAAGCCCUUCAGAAAC